CUCGCACCGGUGAGUGAAAGAGACGUGUGUGAGGCCGGGCGCCGGGAGGCGGCGCUGUUGCUAUGACGCUCCUGCCCUCUCCCGCUCUCUUGGGGGACAGGAGGGCUUUGUGGGUUCACAGGAGGAGUGGUGAAGGACGGGACUGGGCAAGGUUCAUGUCCUUCCAGGGCUGGCUCAACUUCAAGGCAUUUUGCCGCCUCUAGUAGGCACCUCCUACAUGGCUCCGGCUGUCUCCAACGUUGACUCCAAAGGCAGCAGCUGUGCUGUGAACCACGGUGACAGCAGGAGAGGAAGGCUGACCUACCCCCCGCCCCCCCGGUCCAUCUUUUUUCUUUCCAAAUGGGACAAACUGUUUUUCAGAUUAUGGGACUAAGAAUCCACUUUGUUGUUGACCCUCAGGGUUGGUUCUGUAUGGGCCUGAUUAUCUUUGUCUGGCUUUUCAACACAUUCUUCAUUCCAGAAAUUAUCCUCUUUCCACACUAUGAAGAGGGACAUUUAUCAGCAGUGGCAAUACUGUGUUACUACAUACUUGCAUUGUUCUGUAUUGUUUCAUUACUGAGAGCCUCAGUAGCCGAUCCAGGGAGAUUACCUGAAAGCCCAAAGAUACCAAUUACAGAAAGAGAGUUUUGGGAGUUAUGUAAUAAAUGUAAUAUGAUGAGACCAAAACGUUCCCAUCACUGCAGCCGUUGUGGACACUGUGUUCGGAGAAUGGAUCAUCAUUGUCCAUGGAUUAAUAACUGUGUUGGUGAAGAUAAUCACUGGCUGUUUUUGCAGUUGUGCUUCUACACACAGCUCCUCAGUUCCUAUACACUACUACUUGAUUUCUGCCACUGUUACUACCUUGAACCACUAAGAAAAAUUAAUUGGGAACUCUUUGUAUUUAGGCAUGAACUUGCUCUAAUAAGAAUAUCUACCUUCAUGGGUUUAAUAAUGCUAGUUGGAAUUAGUGGACUCUUUUAUACUCAGUUAAUCGGUGUGUUCAAUGAUACUACAAGUAUAGAAAAACUAGCAAACUGUUGUGAAGAAAUAUCGAGACCGCGAAAGCCAUGGCAGCAGACCUUCUCAGAAGUUUUUGGCACUCGCUGGAAGAUCCUGUGGUUUAUUCCUUUCAGGCAAAGACGACCACUGCGAGUUCCCUACCAUUUUGCCAAUCACGUCUAAACAGAUGGAUGGUGGGCACAGAUGGGUCCUCCAUGCUGGAAGCGUGUUGCAGGUUUUGUGAUAAUAGAACUAUGACAGUCCUCAAGUCAAUUAAAAUCUGCCCACCAAUCUUAGACAUCACAAUGUGCCCCAGGCUUUAUUUUAAUAAUAAUGAUCUUGAUUCCGUUGUGGGAUUAAAAGACAUUUCUUUGUUUACUUUUAAAGUGUACUUACUUUCAAAUAGCUUUUCAGAUAAAUUACUUUAGUAUUUGAGGUUAAUAACCAGUGCAAGCCAAUGAAAUGUUAUGAAAUUUUUGUUUUGAUACUGGAUAAUAAUGUUUUGGUAGAAACACUGGCAUUUACACUGUCAAAUAGGUUUGAAAAGUGUCUUGUCUGCCUUGAAUUUUUUUUAUUCUUUUAAAAAUUAAUAAUAUUUUAAUUAGAUAAUCUGAUUUAAAAUCCACUAUGCCUUCCUUAUUUAUGAUGCAUGAUAUUAAUUGAGCAGCUCAUCACUUGAAAUAUAUGACAUCUUAAUGGUGUUUUUUUUAAAAAAAAAUCAAGGGCAAUUUUUUUGUCUUAUGUUCUCAGUUUUAUAAAAGUAUGUUUUUAUUGUUCUUAUGUAAAAAUAGAAACAACAACAAAAACAAAACAGUUUGAGUGGAUAGCCUGUAAGGGCGGGGGGAAAGUAUUGCUAUAUAGAUGUUCCUUCUCUUCUCUUUGUAAAUUUGAUAAUUCAACUAUAGUCUUAUGUGGUGUAUGUCUCUUUAAAAUGCAUACUUUUUAAAAAGGGUGUGAUCCAGCCAAAGUUAACCACUUUGAAACCCACUGAUGUCAAAACACCUGUGAAAAGCUGUUAUGUUUACUACAUGGUGAGUAGUAAGACCCAUUGAACACAGCAAGACUUAUUUCGGAGUGUAAAGGAAUAGGACUGGAAUGCAAAUUGUUUCCACUGAAGUUGGGAUACUUGAAAUCUCUUAACUUUGGCUGGAUCAUGCCUGAAGUUUUUGCUAUCACUGUAAUGUAUCUGGUAUACAAAAUAAUGUGUUCUCUCUAUAA